GAGCGGGAGCAGGGGCGCAGCGGCGGGCGCCGGGCGGGCCGCCACCAUGUCCUCGGCCGCGGGGCCCCGCGGGCCUCGCCCGCCCACGGGGCCGCCCCCGAUGCCGGAGCUGCCCGACCUGAGCCACCUGACCGAGGAAGAGCGGAGCAUCAUCAUGGCAGUGCUGGACCGGCAGAAGGAGGAGGAGGAGAAGGAGGAGGCCAUGCUCAAGUGUGUUGUCAGGGACAUGGCGAAGCCUGCUGCCUGCAAAACGCCCAGAAACGCGGAAAGCCAGCCCCACCCGCCUUCACCGGACUCAAGCAGCGCCUGCUGUACAGUUGGAGCUCAGAGAUUGCAUCAACAAUUUGAAAGCUAUAAGGAGCAAGUGCGGAAAAUAGGGGAAGAAACGCGGCGUUACCAGGGCGAGCACAAAGACGACGCGCCCACCUGCGGAAUCUGCCAUAAAACCAAGUUCGCUGAUGGGUGCGGCCACCUGUGCUCCUAUUGCCGCACCAAGUUCUGCGCGCGCUGCGGUGGCCGCGUGUCCCUGCGGUCCAACAACGUGAUGUGGGUGUGCAACUCCUGUCGCAAGCAGCAGGAGAUCCUGACCAAGUCCGGGGCCUGGUUCUUCGGAGGGGGCGCCCCGCCGCCGGGGCGGGACGGAGCCCUGAGCGACACGGCGGCCGGUGCCGGGGCCGAGGCGCCCCGGGAGAAGAGGGCGCGGCUGCAGGAGCGCUCGCGCUCGCAGACGCCGCUGAGCUCGGCCGCCGCCGCCCCGCGGGCCCCCGCCCCGCCCGCCGCGCAGCCCGACCCGGGCAGGGGCGCCGAGCCCGCGCCGCCGGCCGCGGGCCCCGAGCAGAAGCCGGCCGCCGCCCGGUCUCGCAGCGAGCCCCCGGGAGAGAGGAAGAAGACCCCCGGGCCCGCGGAGCCCGACGGCAGAGGCGCCCCGAAGGGCGAGCGGAAACGCGCGCCAAGGCCCGCGGCGCCGCCCGGGGACGCGGCCGGGGACGCCCGCGAGCGCAAGGACAGGCGCGACGGCCGGCGGCUCGAGAAGGGCCGGUCGCAGGACUCGGCCGACGUGCGGGCGCGGCGAGAGAGCGGCCCGGGGGCGGCCGCGGAGCAGCGCAGAAAGGCGGAGGAGUACCAGACGCGGUACCGCAGCGACCCGAACCUGGCGCGGUACCCGGUGAAGCCGCCGCCCGAGGAGCAGCAGAUGCGCAUGCACGCGCGCGUGUCUCGCGCCAGGCACGAGCGGCGCCACAGCGACGUGGCGCUGCCGCGCACCGAGACGGCCGCCGCGCCGCCCGAGAGCAGGCCCGGCACGCGCGCGCCCGCCGCCGCCGCCGCCGCCGCGGCCUCGCCGCCCGCCUCUCCGCGCUCCUUCCCGGCCGAGAGGACCGCGGAGGCCCGGGCGCCGGGCGCCAAGCCGCCGCCCAGCCGCAGCCCGCCGGCGCCCAGGCAUGCGCCGGCCCCCGCGGCGGGCCCGGAGCCGCCGGCCGCCGAGCCCCUGCGCAAGCAGGGCCGCCUGGACCCCGGCUCGGCCGGCCUCCUGCGCAAGGCCAAGCGCGAGAAGGUGGAGACCAUGCUGCGGAACGACUCGCUGAGCUCCGACCAGUCCGAGUCGGUGCGGCCGUCGCCGCCCAAGCCGCACCGCGCCCGGAGGGGCGGCAAGAAGCGGCAAUUGUCGGUGAGCAGCUCCGAGGAGGAGGGCGUGUCCACGCCGGAGUACACCAGCUGCGAGGACGUGGAGCUCGAGAGCGAGAGCGUCAGCGAGAAAGGUGACUUGGAUUAUUACUGGUUGGACCCUGCCACGUGGCACAGCCGGGAAACAUCACCUAUUAGUUCGCACCCUGUAACGUGGCAACCAUCUAAAGAGGGGGACCGGUUAAUUGGACGUGUUAUUCUUAACAAGAGAACCAGCAUGCCCAAAGAGUCCGGCACGUUGCUGGGUCUGAAAGUCGUUGGAGGAAAAAUGACUGACUUAGGACGCCUGGGUGCCUUUAUUACCAAAGUAAAGAAGGGCAGCCUUGCGGAUGUGGUGGGACACUUGAGAGCAGGGGAUGAAGUUCUAGAAUGGAAUGGUAAACCCCUGCCGGGAGCUACAAAUGAAGAAGUUUACAACAUUAUUUUAGAAUCAAAAUCAGAACCUCAAGUUGAAAUUAUUGUUUCAAGGCCUAUUGGUGACAUUCCACGGAUUCCUGAGAGCUCCCAUCCUCCCCUGGAGUCCAGUUCAAGUUCCUUUGAAUCUCAGAAGAUGGAAAGGCCUUCCAUUUCUGUUAUUUCUCCAACAAGUCCUGGAGCUCUAAAAGAUGCCCCCCAAGUCUUACCAGGACAACUUUCUGUGAAGCUGUGGUAUGAUAAAGUGGGACACCAGCUCAUUGUAAAUGUUCUGCAAGCAACAGAUCUACCCCCUAGGGUAGAUGGGCGUCCCAGGAAUCCCUACGUGAAAAUGUAUUUUCUUCCAGAUAGAAGUGAUAAAAGUAAAAGGAGGACCAAAACAGUAAAGAAAGUACUAGAACCGAAAUGGAAUCAAACUUUUGUCUAUUCACAUGUACAUCGUAGAGAUUUUAGAGAACGAAUGUUAGAAAUAACUGUAUGGGAUCAACCAAGAGUGCAAGAAGAAGAGAGUGAAUUUCUUGGAGAGAUCCUCAUAGAACUGGAGACGGCCCUUCUAGAUGAUGAACCACAUUGGUAUAAACUUCAGACGCACGAUGAAUCUUCACUACCUCUGCCUCAGCCAUCACCUUUCAUGCCAAGGCGACACAUCCGUGCAGAAAGCUCUAGCAAAAAACUGCAAAGGUCUCAGCGCAUCAGUGACAGCGACAUCUCAGAUUACGAAGUCGACGACGGCAUUGGAGUCGUCCCUCCAGUUGGUUAUAGGUCUAGCGCAAGAGAAAGUAAAUCCACGACACUAACUGUGCCAGAGCAGCCGAGAACAACUCACCACCGCUCGCGUUCAGUCUCUCCUCACCGCGGCGAUGAUCAGGGACGGCCGCGUUCACGUUUACCAAAUGUGCCAUUGCAGCGGAGUUUAGAUGAAAUUCAUCCAACAAGAAGAUCACGUUCUCCAACCAGACACCAUGAUGCCUCCCGAAGUCCAGCUGAUCACAGAUCCAGAGAUGUGGAUAGUCAGUAUUUAUCAGAACAAGACAGUGAGCUUCUCAUGCUGCCCAGAGCAAAACGAGGACGGAGCGCAGAAUGCCUGCAUACCGCCAGUGAGCUGCAGCCCCCCCUCGGCAGGGCUAGGAGCGCUAGUACCAACUGCUUGAGACCAGAUGCUAGUUUGCAUUCACCAGAACGAGAAAGGGGUAGAUGGUCCCCCUCCCUAGAUAGGAGACGACCUCCUAGCCCCAGGAUUCAAAUCCAGCAUGCGUCUCCGGAGAAUGACAGAGCGCCCCGGCAGGGAAGCCCAGGCCUGUCGCCCCCUGCAGACUCGCCCUUUCGCAACCGCAGAGGAAGGCAGCUCCCGCAGGUGCCGGUGAGAAGCGGCAGUAUCGAACAAGAACAAGAAAAAUAUAAUUCUUCCACAAAAGCGAGCUUAGUAGUGGAGGAGCGAGCAAGACAGAUGGAAAUGAAGGUGCACCGAUUUAAGCAGACUGCAGGGUCUGGUUCUAGGCAAGGACUCGAUCGCGAGCAGUAUUCCAAGUAUAACAUACAUAGAGAUCAGUACAGAAGCUGUGAUAACGUCUCUGCCAAAUCAUCAGAUAGUGAUGUCAGUGAUGUGUCCGCCAUUUCCCGAACCAGCAGUGCCUCACGCCUCAGCAGCACAAGCUUUAUGUCAGAGCAAUCUGAGCACCCCAGGGGCAGAACCAGUUCAUUUACCCCUAAAAUGCAAGGCAGACGGAUGGGGACUUCAGGAAGAGCCAUCACGAAGAGCACCAGUGUGAGUGGAGAGAUGUCCACGCUGGAGCGUAACGACGGCAGCCAGUCGGACACGGCUGUGGGGACGGUCGGAGCGGGUGGGAAGAGGCGGAGGUCCAGCCUGAGCGCCAGAGUGGUCGCCAUCGUGUCUCGGAGGAGCAGAAGCACCUCGCAACUAAGCCAAGCAGAGUCGGGCCACAAGAAGUUAAAAAGCACCAUACAGCGGAGCACGGAGACGGGCAUGGCGGCCGAGAUGCGGAAGAUGGUGAGGCAGCCCAGCCGCGAGUCCACGGACGGGAGCAUCAACAGCUACAGCUCGGAGGGGAACCUAAUAUUUCCUGGAGUGCGACUAGGAGCAGACAGUCAGUUCAGUGAUUUUCUUGAUGGACUGGGACCAGCCCAACUUGUUGGCCGCCAAACCCUUGCCACCCCUGCAAUGGGUGAUAUACAAAUUGGUAUGGAAGAUAAAAAGGGCCAAUUAGAAGUUGAAGUCAUAAGAGCACGAAGCCUCACGCAAAAACCUGGCUCCAAAUCCACACCUGCACCGUACGUCAAAGUGUAUCUUUUGGAAAAUGGGGCCUGUAUCGCCAAGAAGAAGACAAGAAUUGCACGAAAAACCCUUGACCCUUUGUACCAACAGUCCCUGGUUUUUGACGAAAGUCCCCAGGGUAAAGUUCUUCAGGUGAUUGUCUGGGGGGACUAUGGCAGGAUGGACCAUAAAUGCUUUAUGGGUGUGGCUCAAAUCUUGUUGGAAGAACUUGAUCUGUCCAGCAUGGUGAUCGGAUGGUACAAAUUGUUCCCACCGUCGUCCCUGGUGGACCCCACACUCACUCCCCUCACCCGCCGGGCUUCCCAAUCGUCUCUGGAAAGUUCAACUGGGCCUCCCUGCGUUCGCUCAUAGCGACUCACACCGGAGUCACUCCAAUAAAACUCUGCCUUUCAGGAUAAUAACCUGAACCAGAUAUUUCAUGAUCAAAAGCGUUGUUGGAGACAGACAAUCAACUUGUGUUUUGCCCGUAGUAAGUUUCUCAAUAAUAUGUCCCAAAUGUUUAAAACCCAGCUCCACACGACAGACAGAACAAGGCAAUCUGUCAAAUCACAGUGAGGGUCAGUGUGCUGGUGAGACUCACUGAUGUCCUAACAAAUAGGGAAAGAGGAAA